AUGACAACGGCGGUUAAGAAAAUUCAAUUUAGGUACGAUAAAGCCACUCACAAUAUUGAUUACAUUUAUGAUCUCGUGCGGGCAGAUUCGUUAACAUUGGAACAAAAGACUGAGUUUCAAGUUAGGUAUGCGGACUUAGAAAAUAAUUAUCAAGAAUUUGAUUCUAUGCAUUCGGAGAUGCAACUCAAGGCGGAUGAAUCGGAGUUAGAGAAACUUAAGACGGUCUUUGAGACAUAUAAUAAGAAGUAUUAUUUUAUAAAGCGGCGAUAUAUUGAGUUAUCUCUUGAAACUAAAGCGGAUUACUGUGGUGACAAUAUAAAGACCGACACUAAUCUCAAGUCUAAAGUGAUUUUACCUAGGUUAGCGCUGCCCUCAUUUUCAGGGAAAUUACAGGAAUUUAAUUCCUUCAUGGAACUUUUUCAAUCAUUGAUUGAUCAAGAUGUAACAUUAACUAAUACUGAAAAAUUGUAUUAUUUAUCUAGUUCUUUAGUAGGAGAACCAAAAACAUUAAUUCAGCAUUUAUCUAUUGUCGGUGAUAAUUACUCCAUUGCAUUAGAAUUACUUAAGGCACGUUAUAAUAAUAAACGUUUGUUAGCGGAUAAAUUAUUACACAAUUUAUUAAGCGCGGCGCCCGUCACAUAUAAAAAUUUGAGUGGACUAAAAUUGUUUGUGAAUACUUUGCUCGAAAAUACGAAGGCUUUAGAAAAGAUGAAUUUUCCAGUAGAUUCGUGGUCUUAUAUAUUAUUUUACAUAAAUUUUCAAAAAUUAGAUAGUAACUUAAAAAGGGAUUUUGAAAAUAAGUUUGAUGAAAAGGAACUACCUGCCUUUGAAGAUUUAUUGAAAUUUUUAGAAGGUGAGAUUCGUAAAUUGGAAUCUAGUGCGGAUCCUGAUUCCAGUGCUCAUAUGCGGCGUAGAACGUCAGCUCCAGCGGUACGGGCUGUACAUUCGGUAGUUCACAAUGAAGUUAGCUCGGUAUGUAAAUACUGCGGAAAGAGCGGUCACUUCAUCGCUAAGUGCGAGAAGUUUUUGAGUUUAAAGCCUACCAUCCGAAAGCGACACGUAAUAUCCACUAACUUAUGCUUUCGAUGCCUUAAUAGUCAUAACAUUGCUAAUUGCCAAUAUAAUCGAAAUUGUUAUAAAUGCAAUUCACCUAAACAUCAUUCCUUAUUACAUUUUGACAUACCUGCGGGGUCACGGGAACGUCAACCCCGUUUAUCUACUAAUAAUGUCCCAAGCAAGACGGAUGCUACGGAACAUCCACCUCAGGAGACGGCUCCUACAGCUAGGGUUUCAUCGGCAAGUACAGGCAGCAAUGAGGUGUUUGGAGGAAUGGCAUCACAGACCACUGGUACUUAUCAACGGACGGUAUUACUGUCAACGGCUAUCAUACGAGUACUGGAUAAACACGGUUAUUACCAGGAGGCACGUGCAUUACUAGAUGGCGGCAGUCAGGGUACCUUUAUUUCGGAACAUUGUGCCAACAGACUGGGCUUAAAGCGGUUGAGGUCUAAUGUUAUAUCAGUCACGGGACUGAGUGGUAUUCCUGUAACUGGCUGCAAGGGAGUAGUUAAUUUAAAUAUAAUGCCUAGGUACACAGAUCUACCUGUUCUUUACACUGCAGCUACAGUGUUGAAUAAGAUCCCGCGAAAUUUGCCAGGUUUUUCCUUAUCUCCUCAUUUAGCGGAAAGUUAUAGAGGUAUACUUCUUGCUGAUGAACAAUUUUAUAUCAGUCGGGAAAUUGAUAUUUUAAUUGGUGCGGAUCUUAUUGCAGAUAUUUAUAUGGGGGAUGGUACUAUAAAGAUACAUGAUAAUUUACCUCGUGCCAUGAAUACGGUGUUCGGGCAUGUGUUGACUGGGCCUGUUAUUUGUCCGGUUGCGGAACCAGCUUCUCAGGAGACUCAUUUUUUGCAAACUUUUUGCUGUAAUAUUUCAACCGAUAGCAUUUUGGAGCGAUUUUGGGAGGUGGAAGAUAUUCCUAGCGUAGUGGAAGAUCCUAAGGAUAUGGAAUGCGAGUCUAUGUUUGUUACUACUCAUCAGCGGGACGAGAGCGGAAGGUAUGUCGUACACUUACCUUUUUUAUCGAACAGGCCGUCUCUUGGAGAUUCAGUUUUAUUGGCUAAAAGGCGUUUUUUCACAAUGGAACGAAAACUGCAGUUAAAUGAGUCGCUGCGGAGAAAAUAUGUAGAUUUUAUGCGGGAAUAUGCGGAAAAGGGACAUAUGUCACUGUGUGUCGGAAAACCAGAAGACUAUGAUUCCGGUUGUUAUAUUAUAUGUCACCAUGGAAUCUUUAAAACAGAUUCAGAUAAUAUAAGAGUCGUAUUUGAUGCUAGCGGCAAGACUAGCAACGGAGUAAGUCUUAAUGACUGUUUACAUGCUGGACCAAAGUUACAACGUGAUAUUAUGGAGAUCAUUUGCAGAUUUAGACUACAUAAAUAUGUAUUCACUACGGACAUCCGAAUGAUGUUCCGACAGAUUUUAAUUACUCCGAAAGAUCGUGCACAUCAACUCAUCUUCUGGAGGGAGUCUCCUGAUAUGCCCCUUCAACUGUAUGAAUUGAACACAGUAACGUAUGGUAUGAAGUCUAGUCCUUAUCUCGCAAUACGGACGUUGAGACAAUUAGCGGAUGACGAAGAAAGGCGAUUUCCGGCGGCAGCGCGUCUUCUCCGGUCUUCAGUUUAUAUGGACGAUAUUUUGGGCGGUGCGGAUACCCUGGAGGAGACUCAAAGUCUUAAGCGGGACGUAGUGAAUUUACUGAAGUCUGGCGGAUUUGAACUCAGUAAAUGGACGUCAAAUACUACGGAUUUGUUAAAAGACAUUCCAGCGGAACAUUUGGAGAAUCCUCGAAUUUUUAAAGAUAACGCGGAUGGGCCUAGCUUCAUUAAGCUAUUGGGAAUACAAUGGGAUCCAAGUAGUGACAGUUUUUCUUACCAUACCAGAUUUAAUGAUAUGGAAAUUUGUACAAAACGAUCGAUCUUAUCGACAUUAGCGCGGACCUUUGACCCAUUGGGUUGGAUCUCCCCUGUAAUUUUUCAGGGAAAGAUUUUAAUGCAACGUCUAUGGUUGUUAAAGUUGUCAUGGGAUGACAAACCUCCGGCAGACGUUGUUGCGGAAUGGCAAGGUAUUUUAAACAAUCUGCCUAUGAUUGAAAAUCUUAAAAUGGAACGCUUUGCAUUGGGAAACUCUGGAACGUGUUCUAUACAUGGUUUUGCGGAUGCGUCUGAACUUGGAUAUGGGGCUGCUGUUUAUUUGAGAACAGUGGGAAAAGGCGGACAAGUUAAGAUCGUUUUAAUGAUGGCUAAAUCACGGGUUUCACCUGUAAAGUCAAGGCUUACUAUUCCGAAACUGGAGCUUUGCGGAGCAGCUUUACUUGUGCGGCUUGUAAAGUACGUGGUGGAUUCAAUUACCGAGCAUGUGAACAUUGAGGAUGUUGUGUGCUGGUCUGAUAGUACUAUCGUACUUUCUUGGUUGCGGAUAUCACCCCAUCUUUUACAGACAUUUGAAGGAAACAGAGUCUCACAAAUUAUUAAUUGCGGUUUGAAUAUAACGUGGCGACACGUACCCUCAGAACUGAACCCUGCCGACAUAGCAAGUCGUGGUUGUCGAGCUUCGGAACUGCUCGAGCACAAAUUGUGGUGGGGCCCCUCCUGGCUUCAAGGCCAUGCAGAUACCUGGCCUUUGAGUGAAAAUAAUAAAACUGAGUAUGACUUACCUGGUAUUCGAAAGACGGUGGUGAAGGUUCACGCGGUGAUGGUCAAGAGAGAUCCUAUUUUUUUGCGGUUUAGUUCUUUGAAUAUGCUGUUAGCGGUAGUGGCGUAUUGUUAUAGGUUUUUUAGUAAUUGUAAAAAUCCAAACCAUAAGGUUACCGGAGUUUUGACAACAAAAGAACGACAAUCGGUUUUACUGCGGUUGAUAAAACUAGUCCAAAUUGCGGAGUUUGCGGAUGAUUUAAGUUGCCUCAAGCGGAGUAGUUUUUGUUCUUUACGUUUAAGGCGGCUUAUGCCUUUUAUUUGCGGGGAGGGCCUUUUGCGUGUCGGAGGACGCUUAAAUCAUUCCGAUUUGUCAUAUAAUCGAAAGCAUCCAGUUCUUUUGCCAAAGGAUCAUCCAUUAACGAGUUUAAUUAUAGAUCAUCAUCAUAAAAUUCACUGUCAUGCGGGAUCGACUGCCUUGCAAGCCAUUUUACAGACUCAAUUUUGGAUCAUUUCGGCACGACAAGCUAUACGUACCAGAAUUUUUAAAUGUAUUUCUUGUUUUCGGACAAAGGCUAAACCUACAGAACCAUUAAUGUCUGCCUUACCUACGGAUAGAGUAGUUGCUACUGGAGUUUUUCAUACCGUGCAAACGGAUUUUGCCGGACCAUUUAUAAUAAAAUCUUCUCGUUUACGUAACGCAAAACCAUUGAAAGCAUAUCUUUGUGUUUUCAUUUGUUCUUCGACUAAGUGCGUUCAUCUUGAAUGUGUUACGGACCUCUCGACAGAGGGUUUUCUUGCGGCUCUAACGAGAUUUACGUCUCGACGCGGACUACCUAGUGUGAUUCGUUCAGAUAACGGCACUAACUAUGUAGGUACCAAUCGACACUUAGAUGAGGUACAAAGGUAUUUAGCUUCUCGGGAAGUACAAUCGCAACUUAGUAGUAGCGCAGGUAAACGCGAUAUUACCUGGCGUUUUAAUGCACCUGCAGCGCCUCAUUUUGGCGGUCUUUUUGAGGCAACUGUAAAGGCGGCGAAGACUUUAUUGCGGAGAGUCAUCGGUGACCAGAUAUUGACAUUUGAGGAGCUAGUAACUAUAUUCACUAAAGUUGAAGCCGUCCUCAAUUGUCGCCCGUUGUGUCCUCUGACGCAGGAUCCCCAAGAUUUGGAGGUGUUAACACCUGCGCAUUUUUUAAUCGGACGCUCGUUAUUAUCUGUACCGGAAUAUAAUUUUGAAGACAUCCCAAACUCACGGUUGAGUCGGUACAAUCUAAUUCAGGCUCUUUCACAGAGAUUCUGGAGAAAAUGGAGUGAGCGGUACCUCCAUUCUCUUCAAAUGCGGAAUAAAUGGACGUCUCCUAUAGAUCCUCCUAAGGUGGAUGACUUGGUCCUAAUUAAAGAGGAAAAUUUACCUCCUUUAAAGUGGAGAUUGGGCAGGAUUGUAGAAUUGUUGCCGGGUAAAGAUGGUGUAGUACGAGUGGUAAGGCUUAUCACUUCAACAGGCACUAUAACUCGUCCGGUUGUGAAGAUUUGUAGACUCCCCACUAACUAA